CGCUGCUGCUCAGUCUGGGUUGGUAUGCCAGGAGAGCGGAGGUACUGUGCCGGCGGGUUCCCAACUUCCCCACACAGUCGACGGACCUAGCUGCCUGGAUUGGAGUGGUGGGGCGAGAGGAUAAAUUAGGCUUUUGAAAAUCCAUCUCCAGUUCAUAAUUUCAGAUAGUCUGGUCUGCAAAUUGGAGAAAAAUGGGUAAUCGUGUUGCUCGGGAAGAUUACGAAUGGGUGUAUACGGAUCAGCCCCAUGCCGACCGAAGGAAAGAAAUUUUAGCCAAGUACCCGGAGAUCAAAUCUCUAAUGGGCCCUGACCCGCGGCUGAAGUGGAUUGUGUGCAUGAUGGUGGCCAUCCAGUUCCUGGCCUUCUACCUGGUGAAGGACCUGGACUGGAAGUGGGUGAUGUUCUGGACGUACGCCUUCGGCAGCUGCAUCAACCACUCCAUGACGCUGGCCAUCCACGAGAUCUCGCACAACACGGCGUUUGGCAACAACCGCGCCAAGCUCAAUCGCUGGUUCGCCAUGUUCGCCAACCUGCCCAUCGGCCUGCCGUACUCGGCCUCGUUCAAGCGCUACCACCUGGACCACCACCGCUACCUGGGCGGCGACGGCGUGGACGUGGACAUCCCCACCGAGUUCGAGGGCUGGUUCUUCUGCACGCGCGUCCGCAAGUUCAUCUGGAUCAUCCUGCAGCCGCUGUUCUACGCCGUGCGGCCGCUCUGCAUCAACCCCAAGCCCAUCACGCAGCUGGAGAUUGCGAAUGUGCUCGUGCAGUUGGCCUUCAACGCCGUGCUGUACUGGAUGUGGGGCGCCAAGCCCGUGGUGUACAUGCUGGCGGGCUCCAUGCUGGGCAUGGGGCUGCAUCCGAUAUCGGGACACUUCAUAGCGGAGCACUACAUGUUCCUCAAGGGCCACGAGACAUACUCCUACUACGGAUCACUCAACCUGCUCACCUUCAACGUGGGCUACCACAACGAGCACCACGACUUCCCCAGCAUACCCGGACGCAGGCUACCUAUGGUGAAGAAGAUUGCAUCGGAGUACUAUGACGACCUUCCCCAGUACACGUCGUGGGUUAAGGUGCUUUAUGACUUCAUCAUGGACGAUAAACUGAGCCCUUACUCCCGCGUCAAGAGAAAGCUCAAGGGAGACAUUAAACAAGAGUGAUUUUAUUAUUCUCCUCCACACCACUGUCUCCCUCUCUCUCUUUCUCUCUCCCUCCCUCUCCCCUCCACAAAACUUACCCCCCAUCCCGUGAAGCCCCCAUCUUGAAGUUCACGUCCACACACCAUCACUGCCUUUUCCAGAUUAGUUAACAGUAUCUUCAGCCGUAGUUAAUGUAUGUGUGUGUAGUGUGUAUGUUGUUGAUGUGUGUGUGUGUGCUUGUGUGUGUGAGUAGUUGUAGAUGUGUGACAAUGAUUGAUGCGUGGGUAGAUUCAUUUCAUAAAUAUAUUUUUUAAACGGUUUUAAUUCCCUUUGCAUAGUCUGUAUGUCCAAAUACUACUGUCCAUACACUGACAGAUGUGCUUAUACCAAUCACAUUUAUCAUUACUUUUUUUUUUCUUUUACACUGCACAGUGCUUACUUGCACUUUUUUUCUGUUGUGAAAUUUGCUGAACUAAGUUUCAAUUUCUUUUUGAGCCCUUUCCAUUCGAUUGGAAGGGGUGAUGUCUUAAAGUUAAAAUAUAUAUAAAUAUAUAUUUAAGAGCAGUUGUACACAAAAGCCAAAAAAUCAGUUGCUGAUUAAGGAGCUGUUUGUUGACAGAAUUUGUUAAAGCCUCCAAUCAGAUCGUUACGAAGCUAAGGUGUAUUUGUUUUACUGCAGCACGUUGCAUUUAUAAUUCAAACCUUUAGCAAACGAGCUGGUUGGCAGUGUCUUGCAUGGGUUACACCCAAAACUCCCUCACUGUAAAUACACACAGACACACAGGGGAGUGUUUCUCGACAACAUUGUUGCUAACUAAGUUAGCAACUUACUUGGCUGCAAUGCAAUUUCCCAUUGGAAACCUAUUAAUUUGCUAACUGGCAGUCAACGAUGCCUUCAAGAAACAGGGCACAGAUGUAGAAGUGUGUGUGUAAAGUGAGUGUGUGACUUCUGUAAUCAGAAAGGCGUUGCGUUGCAUUGCAUAUCUGUCUCCUAUCAGUUGGCUGCUACUGCUACUGCUGUCUUUUACACAGAGGGUUUAUGAGGUCGGUCACCCUUGGCUGAUGCAUCAGCGGUUAUUCCAAGAACUUGGCUCCGUAGUAAACCAGGAAUGCAUUUCUCAAGAGAAGUUGUUAGCCUGUUAGCAACUUCGGUAGUUGCCAAUGGGAAAAUGCAUUGAAAACAACAAAGUAGCAAAUAUUGUAAGCAGCUUUGGUUCCGAGAAAUGCACACCUGGUUAAGUUAGCCUUGAGAUGGUGGUACGGUAAAUCAUUUAAUAGAAGGGCCUUGAGUCCUAAUUUUCUUAAUUAAAAUGACUCCCGUGGGCUGUCUAUUAGCAGGUUUACCACUUCCUGUAGAUUAACUUAGCCUGGUUUAUCACUUAACCACAUUUUUGGAAUUACCCCUCUGAUGAUGGCUUUACCUUGUGCCUGUAGAAAUGGCUGCUCCUCUCCUCCACCCAUCUCAAUGCAUGCUGUGGGCAACAACAAAAAAUGUCCAGACAGGUUCUCGGGCCUAUACUAGAAGCAGCUGGUUCUGGAGUAAACCAGGUUAAGUGAAGGGGUAAAUCAUCUAAUAGAAGAGAGAUGAUGUAUCUCUUAAGUUUACCUGGUUUACUCCAGAACCAGCUUCUUGGUACAGGCUCCUGAUCUCUGAUCAAACCAGAUGGCCCUCUAAAUCCUCCCUCAAUGUAAAGCCUUUGUCUGUGGCCGGUUUGCACAUGGUGACCAGUUGAGUGUAACUGACUGCCACCACGAUGCAUCAACAUAAUGGAAGGUGUUGUUACCCCAAAAUAACCUACACAACAUGGUGGUUGAUUUGGUAUUCAGUGAUGUACAGUGUGCUGUAUAUGAAAUGUACUGUAUACUUGGAGAUGGUUUGGAGCUGUAGGAAUCUACUUUGAAGAGAUUUCCAAUGCUGGUUUUGAUUUGGGAUGGAUGUUCCCUCCUGUGUUUCAGAUGAGAGAUUUUUACGGAAAGGAAUGGCAAAUUGUUUGUUUUUUUGUUUUGUCUUGUAUAUAUUGCAUACACGAUAUGUCGAAAGAAGUUUUGUUUUAGGGUUAGGGACCACAUGUGGCCUUGUGGGGCGUUAUGCACAGUGUGUUGAAUGAUGCCGUGCCGAAAUCUUGAGUUCUCUAAAAGCAAUACAGCCAUUUCAUGUUCUUUUUAUGUCAUCUCACUGGAAAUGCACCAAUGCUUUUAAGAAGGCUUGUUCUAGAUUUUUGUUUUGUUUUUUUUCACUUGCAUAUGAGGUAUGUAUGUACCGUAUUUGUAUGUGUGACAGUCUAACCAAACCCUUGCCCCUAACCCAGGGCUGGAAAAAGUGCAAAUUUUUUGGAGAAAUACUUAACUGGCUUUGUUUCUUUUUUCCCUCCUUGCUCCCUCUUCCCCCUUUUGCAAGCCAGCAUGUUUGUUUGUAUGUACAACACCUCCCUCUGAUCAGACUGAUUCCCCACCUCUAUGUUUUGUUUGUUUGUUUUUUUAAGUCUUUCAAUAGAGUCCUGAACAUUCACAAGGAGAGCAGCUACACUGCUGGCUCCUCUGUUAUCAUCGUCACGGUCACUGUGCCUCAGCGCUGUUCUCAUUGGCCCUUUACUUGCCUCAGCCCUGUCCUCAUUGGCCCUUUACUGUGCCCUCAUCGGCCCUUUACUGUGCCCUCAUUGGCCCUUUACUUCUCUUGUAACGAUAAGCCCCACUGUCUGCCAGUCUGUAUGAAUGGAUAUGCGAGGCCCAAGCUAUCAGAAGAACGUAAAGAAAUCUUGCACACAUCCAUUCCAAACUUAAAUAAAAUGUUUCGGUCAUCCGACCUUGGUGUGAAAAGUGUCAUUUUGAAAUCAGAAGAAGGUAAAAAGCUGUAACCUUUGCUUUAAUACAUCUAUAUUCCACACCGUAGAUCAAGGGUCAGGGUUAUGGCACACAGUAUAUGGUCUCAUAAUGGCGGGUUGGAAGUACAUGGUGGAUGGCUGUUAAAAGUACAUACAGUACAGGAGAGACCACACAAAAUUCCAUUCCAGAUACAGACAUUAGUUUUAAAAAAUGACUUAAUUACUUUUAAGUCCUGGAAAUUCUGUGUGUGUUCCGUUGUUUUGUUUGUAGUAAAAAGAAAUCCCCCCACUUACACCAUGGACACUACGGGCACUUUCCUUUUGAAAUGUGUGUGUGUGUGUCCUGGAGGUCGUUCCAGGCUGUAUGAGCCCCACCCCACCCCCCCAUUCCCAGUGAGACAUGGGUCAGAGACGUGCAGAGGAGUACAGCUGCCCUUUGUCAGUAUUAUUUACCAGCUUGAGAAGUUGGACCCCUUCAGCCCCUCUCCUCCCCAAUCCUCAACCUCCAACUCCCAAGCUGGAAGCACGUCUAGGGUACACGGCAUUAUCCAAAGUCACGUCCUCAACUUGCGCUUGUGGCCUUGCGCAAAGCGCCUCGCCUCUGUGGAGAAAACAAUUAAGUUUCCCCAGUAUCAGCCCUAGGCACACCAACUUAUGGGGGACAUUUCCCCUGAUUAAGCACCCCAAUUGCAAAUGAGAAAAUGGCCUUUGAAUUGCGCUUCUGCGAGAUGUUGAAUUAAACUUCUAUCGUCUUGUGAAGUCAUCACAAGGCCACAAGCACAAUGGAGGACGGGGAGUUUGGAUAAUGGAACGUACCCCUUAGUGCAGCCCCUCUGACAUCUCAUGCCAUCUGACCUCUGUCACUCAAGGUUAAAGGUCAAAAACAAGUCAGCGCAUCUCACUCGGGGGCCCAUCAGAUCAGGUGAGGGCACAUCAGACCAGAUAAGUGUCCUUGGCAGUGUGCUUCCCAGAACUGCGUCUGUGAUUUUUAUUACGGCCUUGUGAUAAGAGCAACUGUAAGAGUUCUGCGAAGUCACUGCCAGACAGGUGAGCAUCCACUUUGAACACACCUGGAUAUGGGACUGAUAACCUUGUAGUUCCUGCUCGUGCUCACCUGAUCAACUGAACAUCAGGGGAGCUCUCAGUGAGAGCACACCUGUCGGUCGGCCUCACCUGAUUGACUGAACACCACACUUGCCCUCAGUGGGAGCUGCACUUGUAAGUGGAGACAUAAUUUUUUUCUGUAACAAAUGUCUGUUUUGCUUCAUUGCACCGCUGUGAUUUUAUUAAAGAACUGAAAUGUA